ACUGACCUGAGUCGACCCGAGGACUAAUUGACACCUAUCCCGCCGCACUCAAAAAGUAGUAGCCCCGCCAAUUGUCUUGGCUAUACGUUCACCGGUCUUACCUACCUUGCUUACAAGCUGAACUCUUGAGACCCAAUUCUCAUCGACUUGGCAUUCCGGACAAACACCACCCAUAUCAACGCAAUCAUGACAGACAUGAACACAGCCCCAAACUCUGCGCAUCGCAUCGACGUAAACACCAGGAGGCUACGAAACUCUUGUGAUUUUUGCACCCGCUCAAAGUUGAAAUGCGAUCAAUCAAAACCAACUUGUCACCGGUGUCUUCGCCGCGGGCGAGAUUGCGUCUACAGUCGGGUACGGAAAGCUGGCAGACCACCCAAGGUUCCAAAUAAACGUCACAACGCCGCCGCCCCGAUGUGGGAAACUCAAGCAGACCGCGACAGGAUCGACUUUCUCCCGUGCACGCCCAGCCCGAGUGAUGCCUCUUUCGGCAGUAUUAGCAGCAUCAGCAGUCGUAUCGGCAGUAUUGACUGCAUGGCAGACACAUCAGCAACCGACUUCUCAGACCGUCGGACGUCGACCCCCUCAACCGGCGAAAACAUGGAGGCGAAGCUUCUCAACCAUUUCGACAGCACCUCAUCCAACUGGAGCCAACGUCCGGAAUGCUUACCAGCUCCUCAAGAUCUCGAUUGGUUGUUGCCUUACAGUAUCGAUAUCACGAGUCCUCUUUACGACACAAAAUUUCCCAUUGAUGACCUACUCACUUUGGAUAUGCCAAGUCCUACUUUCACCUCAUCAUGCUUCUCAAUGGAACAAUCAUCGCCCUCGCAACCAAUGCAUCAGUAUAUGGGCGUUUCAACUCCAGAUUCGCUACCAUAUUUCAGAAUGUCUUAUCCAAAUCACACUUCAGGGACCGAACACUCAAGAUUGAGCCCGGUAUCAACGCCAGAUGUAGGGCAAGGAAGCGAAAUACAACAGCGGCUCACUGACCCGAUUAGCGCCUCUGAGCCCACAUCUCAUCGCACAAAGGCCAAAGACUGCAGUUGCUUCUCUCUCAUCUGUCAACUACAGGAGUCUGUCUAUCAUCACACGCAACUUUCCAGUGAGAUGGACUCACAAGUACCACUCGGCAUUCUCCUCGACAUUGAGAACUCCAUACACCAGACUGAAGAGACCAUCCGACACUGCGAGGACUGUAAGCCACGUUUAUCCCAUUUCAUGCUGAUGCUAUGCCCCGUCAUCGACUGGAUCGUCGACAGUCUGGACAAAGUUCUGCUCCGCGGAGUUGCUCCCGGCAGCUCAUCACCGUCAUACGAGCAAUCAAGCCAAAGUUCGCCGCAGGUCGGCGACGCGGGUCUAGGCGGCGGCAGCGGUGGGAAUCUGUGUAUCUACGAACUGCUCAAGGGCCGACUUCGGAGACUUGCGCGGGUACUUAACGGGAUGGGCGGCGAAACACAGAAGGAGUCGAUUGAAGAGCCUGCAUAUUUGGAAUCGGAAAGUUUGGUAGAAGCGAUGGGGGCUAUGGGUCAGGAAACCCGCACAAAGUUGGAGUACCACCUUCGGCUGGUGGAAUUAUGGUUGUCUUGAUGUAGCG